UUGAUUUUUAUUUGCUUAAUACGGAAAUAAUAUAAGGGAGUAAUGAUAGCGGGUACGGAUAAUGACAAAUUUGGGGUACCGUUAUCGGUGAGACACUGAAUCCGGGAAGGAAAACUGAAACCAGAUAAGGCUGACACUCCAUUCUCGAGUCAGCAUCAAUCCAACCUCUACUCCUUCACGUCUUUGCCUAAUUUGUUUGGCGAAUCACAGAGAUUUUGCAAGAGACGGAGACAAUGGUGGCCGUGGACGACUCUAACACCAACAGCAAGCAACCUCUUGUCUUUGCUUACUAUGUCACAGGCCAUGGAUUCGGACAUGCUACUCGUGUUGUCGAGGUUGCUCGGAAUCUCAUUCUAGCUGGACAUGAUGUUCAUGUGAUUACCGGUGCACCGGAUUUUGUUUUCACAUCAGAGAUAAAAUCUCCCAGACUUUUCCUUCGCAAGGUACUGUUAGAUUGUGGAGCAGUUCAAGCGGAUGCUUUGACAGUGGAUCGACUAGCCUCAUUGGAAAAAUAUUCUGAGACUGCUGUUGUACCGCGUGCAUCGAUUUUGUCUACAGAAGUGGAAUGGCUGAAAUCCAUCAAUGCAGACUUAGUGGUAUCAGAUGUUGUUCCAGUGGCUUGCCGGGCAGCAGCUGAUGCUGGGAUUCCUUCAGUCUGUGUUACCAACUUCAGUUGGGACUUCAUCUAUGCAGAGUAUGUCAUGGCUGCGGGAAAUCAUCACCGGUCAAUUGUUUGGCAGAUUGCGGAGGAUUAUUCUCAUUGCGAAUUCCUAAUCAGGCUCCCAGGGUUCUGCCCAAUGCCUGCUUUCCGGGAUGUAAUUGAUGUACCGCUAGUUGUCCGGAGACUACACAAAUCUCGUGAAGAGGUAAGGAGAGAACUGGGAAUUGGAGAGGAAGUUAAGGUUGUAAUUCUCAAUUUUGGUGGGCAGCCCGCAGGUUGGAAGUUGAAAGAGGAGUACUUACCUUCUGGUUGGCUCUGCCUGGUCUGUGGUGCUUCUGAUAGUCAGCAGUUGCCUCCAAACUUUAUAAAGCUUGCAAAAGAUGCAUACACUCCUGACCUUAUGGCAGCAUCCGACUGUAUGCUAGGAAAAAUCGGGUAUGGUACUGUCAGUGAAGCCCUUGCAUACAAGCUACCAUUUGUCUUUGUGCGCAGAGACUACUUUAAUGAAGAACCUUUUCUGAGAAAUAUGCUCGAGAACUAUCAAAGUGGCGUCGAGAUGAUCAGAAGGGAUUUACUUACUGGGCACUGGAGGCCUUACCUCGAACGUGCAAUUAGUCUGACACCAUGCUAUGAGGGAGGCACUAAUGGUGGUGAGGUUGCAGCUAAUGUUUUGCAGGAUACGGCUUUGGGCAAAAACUAUACAUUGGACAAGCUAAGUGGGCCAAGGAGACUGCGAGAUGCUAUAAUUCUGGGUUAUCAACUGCAAAGAGUACCUGGAAGAGAUCUUUUGGUACCAGAUUGGUAUGCUAAUGCUGAAAAUGAGCUUUGCCUUCGUCUUGGAUCACCUCCUGUAACAGAGGAAGGUUCUCUUUUAACUACCAUAAACUCUGAGAACUUUGAAAUUCUACAUGGCGAUUUUCAAGGCCUGUCAGAUACAACAAGCUUCUUGAAUAACUUGGGAAAGUUGACGUAUGAUACUCCACAAAGUAAUGAGAAGCACCAGAAGCGGGAGCAAAAAGCUGCUGCUGGUCUCUUCAAUUGGGAGGAAGAUAUUUUUGUUGCUAGGGCACCUGGAAGGCUAGAUGUCAUGGGAGGAAUUGCUGACUAUUCUGGGAGUCUUGUUUUGCAGUUACCCAUUAAAGAGGCAUGCCAUGUCGCUGUGCAAACAAUUCAUCCAAGUAAACAGAAGCUAUGGAAGCAUGCUCAAGCUCGACAACAUGCCAAAGGACCCAGAUUGACUCCAGUUCUUCAAAUUGUAUCAUAUGGGUCAGAAUUAAGCAACCGUGGCCCCACCUUUGACAUGGAUCUAUCUGAUUUUGUGGACGGGGAAGGACCAAUGUCGUAUGAAAAGGCAAGGGAGUACUUUUCACGAGAUCCAUCCCAGAGAUGGGCUGCAUAUGUGGCAGGAACAAUUCUAGUUUUGAUGAAGGAACUGGGAAUCCGCUUUGAAAACAGUAUCAGCAUGCUAGUCUCUUCAGCUGUCCCAGAAGGGAAAGGUGUGUCUUCCUCAGCAUCUGUGGAGGUUGCUAGCAUGUCUGCAAUCGCUGCGGCUCAUGGAUUGAAAAUCAGCCCACGGGAACUUGCUUUACUUUGUCAAAAGGUAGAGAACCAUGUUGUUGGAGCUCCAUGUGGUGUAAUGGACCAGAUGACUUCUGCAUGUGGCGAAGCAAAUAAACUUCUUGCCAUGAUUUGCCAGCCUGCUGAGGUGUUGGGUCUCGUGGAUAUUCCUGACCAUAUUAGAUUUUGGGGAAUAGAUUCUGGGAUAAAACACAGUGUUGGAGGUGCAGAUUAUAAAUCUGUAAGGGUUGGAGCAUUUAUGGGUCGAGAGAUUAUCAAAUCUAUUGCAUCGGCAUUUUCAACUCGGUCACCAUCAGCUAAUGGGGGAGUCACUCAUGAUGAGCCAGAUGAAGAUUCUAUGGAACUACUUGAAGUAGAGGGUUCCUUAGAUUACUUGUGCAAUCUUUCCCCACACAGAUAUGAAGCUCUUUAUGAGAAGAUGCUUCCUGUAUCUAUGUUUGGUGAUGCAUUCCUUGGAAAAUACGUAGACCAUCAUGAUCCUGUGACAGUAAUUGACAGAACAUGUAACUAUGGUGUCAAGGCGGCUGCUAAGCAUCCUAUAUAUGAGAACUUUCGUGUCCAGGCAUUUAAAGCGUUGCUAACAUCUGCAACUUCAGAUGAUCAGCUCACAUCUCUGGGAGAACUAUUGUAUCAGUGCCACUAUAGCUAUAGUGCAUGUGGACUAGGCUCAGAUGGAACAGAUAGGCUUGUUCAGCUAGUGCAACAAGUUCAGCAUGGUAAGGCCUCAAAAUCUGCAGAGGGGACUUUAUAUGGUGCAAAAAUCACUGGUGGAGGGUCUGGUGGAACUGUUUGUGUGAUUGGCAGGAAUUCUCUCCGGAGCAGCGAGAAGAUUCUUGAGAUUCAACAAAGAUAUAAGGCAGCAACUGGAUAUUUGCCUAUUAUCUUUGAAGGUUCAUCACCUGGUGCUGGGAAGUUUGGGUAUCUCAGAAUUCGCCGCCGCUGCAUCCCUUCCACUAUCCAAGCAAAGGCUGAUCAUUAACUUUUAGUAGUCCUUCAUUUGAGAUAUAGAGACAUGCGAAGUGCUAAGAUAUUUAUAUGUAUUCAACACAAUUAUUAUGCCAGAUAAUUAUGGGUACGUGUUGGUUACCUUAUUCAUUAUAAUGCAUAAAAAGUUGAAACCCUUCCUCCCUUCCCCUAAAGUAUUCCAGACUUUUACUAACAGUGUACGCAAGAGCAUGACCAAGAGUCUCCAGCUAGAAAUGAAUGGC